GGCGGGGCUAAGAUGGCGGAGUAGCUAGCGAGGACUGAUGGGUACCCACCAUUCAUUCAUUGAGUGGAUCGAUGUGAUUCAGGCAAACAGCUCAAUGAAACGUGUUGUAAACUGGAAUGACCUGGCUACUUCUGGACAAUAACAGACAGAAUUUGAACUCUCUACCUGGCAACUAUAAUAACUAUUGACAUCGUAUUUCAGUGAUCAUCGCAUUAUAGACUAAACCGACAAACCAGAUAUGAUCGCGGUGAAGAAGCUUUUUUUCUGUGUUGUAACUAUAUCGGUCUUUCUCUGUGUAGUUAUGUAUUGUUUGAUGCAACGAAAGAACAGCCAGGUCAUACGAGACAGUGUACAAUAUGGGAGUAGAGUGUUUACACCUGAUAGGGUAAUAGAAAACAACCUGAAUGACUUGGCUCAUUAUGGUUUAUCUCAACUUCAAGUUGAUUCAUUUAGAAAUGAUUCGGCAUCACCUGCACUAAUUUCUCGACAAAAUAUAUCUUUCUACCAAAAUGUAAAAGGAUUAGGAAUGGAUUCCCAAAUGACUAAUGGUGUACCUAUAGAAGCCCAUAGACUUGCGAUGACGGCAAUUCAAAACGUAGAGCACAUUAAUAUUGGUGAUUUUGUUAAAAUGAAAGCAGAUGAACAAAAUUCUACAUACAUCAAGGCACUUAAACUUGUCGGAUAUACAAAACGCUUACCGACCGUUAUUAAUAUCGGUGCAAAGAAAGCAGGAACAACGGCAUUACAGAUUUUCCUCAGUUCACAUCCACAGAUUGCUUCAUCUCUGAAUCACAUGGAAAUUCAUUACUUCGACUGGAACUAUGACAAAGGCAUAGAUUAUUACCGUUCUCGAUUUCAGUAUUCAAAAGAGUCCCAGGAGGUGUUUGAGAAAACUCCACGGUAUUUCAUCACAGAGGAAGCUCCAAGGCGUAUUAAAGAAGAUAUCUCACCAAAUGUCAAAAUUAUUCUGGUCGUGCGCGAUCCUGUUAAACGAGCGAUGUCCGACUACAACCACGUACGUUGGGUUAAACGCUCACUCUCGACACAGUUGGCCCUCAGGGAACCACACACUGAAGACACCUUUGAGAAAACUGUAUUCACGAAAAACGGCGAGGUAAAUGCUGAUUCGGAACUAGUCCAUGCUGGUAAAUACGCUAUGCAUCUCAAAAGAUGGCUCGAAUACUUUCCAUUGAAUCAAAUCCUUGUUCUCGACGGAAUUGAAUUGUCCACUUAUCCACUGACACAGAUGAGGAAAGUAGAACAAUUCCUUGGUCUUCAACCAUAUUUCACGCAAGAACAUUUCGGUUACCAUGAAAAAUUGCACGUGUACUGUUUGGUUAAACCUGUAAAUAAAUGCCGAUAUAAUAGUAAUCACAAAAGCCCGGAAAUUAUACUGAGUGAUGGUCUACGCAAUACUUUAUAUGACUUCUAUCGUGCAUACAACAGAGAAUUGGAAGAAAUGCUCAAUCAAACGUUUGCUUGGAGCAAUCUGUAAAUUAUUGAGUAUCUACACUAAGAGAUAAUGUUUAAUAUUUAGCGGUGCUUUAAGUCGAACAUUUAUCUGCCAAAUCACUGGAUCGAGAAAUUUUGAGUUUGACGUCAUGCAGAUGUAUGGGGAGUUUCGGGUUUCCUGGUUGCUUAGCUAAUCUACGCUCGAUCUACACUGAUCCAUUUACAGUCAGCAGGAGUAUGCAGUUUUGGGCAUGUUUUACUGUAACAACUUCCGUUUUGUACCGAACAUGUUUACUGUGAAUUGCUGAUAUCCGCGUUACUUAUAAACACACAUAAAAUGUUCCUCGACCAUAGACCUUAGAGAACAGUGACAUGCAACUGCGGGUAAUCCUUUCAUGUAAUCUUAGUUAUAAUCUUUACCCAAUUACCGCCUUAGAGGAACCGACAAUAAAGUUAUGUCAACACCACUGUUUCACCAUCUCAUGUUCCAUGAGCAAAAUGAGCUAACUUUGUGGUUUAGAAUAUAAUCAGAAAAAUUACAGUUGAGUAAAACUGUUGAUACGAGUGAAACUAAAAAUUGCGAAGUUAACAGUUUGUAUUCUACUAUGAAAACAUGAAAGGAAACAAAGAGGGUCUGUUUUAUCUACAAGGAAACAAAACUACCUAAACGUAAACAAUGACCUGUCAAAAUUUGGCAUCAUAUUUAGACCCGAUAGUCCGCCCGUUAUACAGUGACAAAUGUGAAUAUUGGCAAAGCAGAACUUAUCAACACUGGAUCAAAACUUGAUUUUAUGUUGUCUCUGUAGAAGUUGCAUGUCUCUGUUUUUCAAGGUCUAUUGUGCGACAAAUAUAAUAUAACAUUUUGCUAAUAAAUAUAAAUUGGGUA